AUGGACCAGCAGCAGCAGCAACAGCAGCAGCCCCAGCAGCCGGCCCAGGCCCAGGCCCAGGCCCAGGCGCCGCCGACAGGCGGUGUCCACGGCCCUGCUGGGCGUAGGCUUCACAUUGCGCACCGCAGAAGCCCUUCGGAGCUGACGCCGCUGGUGAGCAUGUUCCAAAACCCUGGCAUGGAACAACUCGCUAUCCAGCAGCAGAUCGAGCUUCUGCAGCAGCAGCAGCAGCAGAUUCAAGCUACUCAGCAACAAUACAUGAACAUGGGCAUGAUCCCCCCGACCCAACAACUCGGCCCCGGCGGUGCUUUCAAUCCCUUGCAGCCAGCCAUGCCCGGCAUGAACCACCAGAAUGCCUUCCAGUUCCCUCAACAGAUCCCUCAGCAGAAUCUGGCUCCUCCCACCCAGCCCAUGGCCCACCGCCGCAACCAGUCGGCCCUCCCCAACAUGGGUAUGGGACCUCCUCCCGCUCCCUCCUCUGGUGCCUCCGGCUCUGCCUUUGGUAGUUUCGAGAACCAGGGCGCCCAGGGUCGUGAGAACGCCGGCGCCAGCCGCGGCCGCGGCGGUGGCGCUGGCGGUGGUGGCCAUCAGCGUAGACACUCUUUGGCGCUCGCAGACGCGAAGAAGGCUGCAGACAUCGCUCAACAGAAGCGUACAACAUCCGGCUUCCAGUUCCCCGGCCCCAAUGCCGCUCCUGAGAAUGGCGCCGAAGGCGCGAGCGCCCCAGCUCAGCCCGAGAUUGCUCAGGGCUCCUCUGGUGCCGGCCGUGGUCGCGGAGGCCACGGUCGUAGCCAGAGCAUGGCUGUCGGCGCCGCCGGCCGUGGAGGCGGUGCUGGCCGCGGUGGUGCCCUAAACUUCACCCCCGACGUGGCUGGCCAGUCCAACGACUUCCAGCGCCGCGGCAGCGCUACCGGCGGGCAUGCCAGGACUGGAUCCCGCAACUUUGAGGGCAACUGGCGCAACCAGAGCCAGACCCAGGACCAGGCCGGAGCCCAGGGCGGCCAGCAGGGCUUCCAGCCCGGCCACCGCUCCCGUGGCUCUGUCAACCAGUCCAUUUCCAACUUCCAAUUCCCCCAGCAGGGCCAGAUGAUGCAGAUGCCGGGUCAAAUGAUGCCCUUCCAGAUGUACCCUGGACAGGCUCUCAACCCCAUGCAGAUCAACCAGCUCCAGGCUUUGCAGGCUGCUCAGAUGGGCGGUCAGCAAUUUGUUGGUCUUCAGGGAAGCCAGCAUGCCGGCCAGAUGGGCGGCAACCAGAACCAGCAGCAACAGAGGAAGACCCUCUUCACUCCUUAUCUCCCCCAGGCUACCCUGCCUGCGCUCCUCGGCGACGGCCAGCUUGUGUCUGGUAUCCUCCGUGUCAACAAGAAGAACCGUAGCGACGCCUACGUUUCCACCCAGGAUGGCCUGCUCGAUGCCGACAUCUUCAUCUGCGGCAGCAAGGACCGCAACCGUGCCUUGGAAGGCGACCUCGUUGCCGUUGAGCUCCUCGACGUUGACGAGGUUUGGUCGCAGAAGCGCGAAAAGGAAGAAAAGAAGAAGCGCAAGGACAUCACCGACACCCGCUCGGGAUCCACCAACCAGGGACAGAACCAGUCCUCUAACAAUGCCGACGACAGCACCCCCGCCGAGGGCGGUCUUCGGCGUCGUGGCAGUCUCCGCCAGCGUCCCACGCAGAAGAAGAAUGACGACGUGGAAGUUGAGGGCCAGAGCCUGCUCCUCGUCGAGGAGGAGGAGAUCAGCGAUGACCACAAACCUCUUUAUGCUGGCCACAUUGUUGCCGUCGUUGAGCGUGUUGCCGGCCAGAUGUUCUCCGGUACACUAGGUCUCCUCCGACCCAGCAGCCAGGCCACCAAGGAAAAGCAGGAGGCCGAGCGUGCUGCCAGGGAUGGCGGCAACAACCGCCACAACGACAACCGCCAGCAUGAUAAGCCCAAGAUUGUCUGGUUCAAGCCGACAGACAAGCGUGUUCCUCUCAUUGCCAUUCCUACCGAGCAAGCCCCGCGCGACUUUGUCGAGAAGCACCAGGAUUAUGCCGAUAGGAUCUUUGUGGCUUGCAUAAAGCGCUGGCCCAUCACCUCUCUGCACCCCUUCGGUACUCUCGUCGAGCAGCUCGGCCGCAUGGGUGACCUGAAGGUCGAGACGGAUGCUCUUCUUCGCGACAACAACUUUGCGUCUGACGAAUUCUCUGAGGCUGUUCUGCGCAGCAUUGGCCUGCAGGACUGGUCCCUCGAGAAGGAGGAAGAGGCUGCCCUUACCGAGCGUCGUGACUUCCGCGACGAGAAGGUCAUCACGCUCGAUCUUGACGGCUCUGUCGAGCUUGGCAAUGCCAUUCACAUCAAGACCCAGCCUGAUGGCAAGAUUGACAUUGCCGUCCACGUGCCCGACGUCACCCACUUCGUCAAGGCUAACUCUCUCGUCGACCGCGAGGCUAAGAAGCGCGGCACUGCUGUGCACUUGGUCAACCGCACUUGCGCCCUGCUCCCUCCUAAGAUCAGUGGAGAGGUGUGCUCCCUUGCGCCUGGUGAGGAGCGCCUGGCCGUCAGUGUCCUCUUCCGUGUCAACCCUCACAACGGAUCUGUCGCUGAAGGUGACACCUGGGUUGGCAAGAGUAUCAUCAAGAGCACUGGCAAGAUCUCCGUCCAGGAGAUUGACGCGGCCCUUGGCGGCCAAGCUGACUGGACCCACGAGUCUGUCCAGCUCAAGGAUGUGCAAAUCCUCAAUGCUGUCGCCGAGAAAUUCCGUGAGGCCCGUCUCGGUGCCGGCGGCGAGCCCAUCGCCCCACUCCGCCUGCUCCAGCAGCUCGAUGACGAGAACAUCCCCAUCAAGCACAACAUUUUCGAUUCAUCCGCUGCCACCGAGCUCGUCGAGGAGCUCAUGCACAAGGCCAACACCUACGUCGCUCAGCGCAUCGCCCAGGGUCUGCCCGAGAAGGCCCUUCUUCGUCGCCAGGCUGCCCCCAACCCUCGCCGUCUGCAGACUUUCUCUGACCGCAUGAACGCUCUGAAGUAUGACGUUGAUGUGUCCAGCAGCGGUGCCCUGCAAAACAGCCUGUUCAAGGUUGAUGACCAAGACAUUCGCAAGGGUAUGGAGACACUUGUCUCCAAGUCGAUGCAGCGCGCCAAGUACUUCAUCGCUGGCAAGACGAACAAGCAGCUGUGGCCGCACUACGCUCUUAACACACCCCUUUACACUCACUUCACUUGCCCCACUCGUCGCUACGCCGAUGUCAUUGUUCACCGCCAGCUUGAGGCUGUCCUGUCUGAGGGCAAGAUUGAGUACACGGAAGAGCUUGAGAACCUUGUCAAGACCAUCGAGUCAUGCAACACCAAAAAGGACUCGGCGCAGAACGCUCAGGAGCAGAGCAUUCACAUUGAGUCUUGCCGCGAUAUGGACAAGAAGCGACAGGAGGUCAACGGCGAUCUCAUCACUGAGGGUAUCGUUAUUUGUGUUUAUGAGUCGGCCUUCGACGUGCUCAUUCCUGAGUGGGGCUUUGAAAAGCGUGUGCAUUGCGACCAGCUGCCUCUCAAGAAGGCCGAGUUCCGAAAGGAAAAGCGCGUUUUGGAGCUGUACUGGGAGAAGGGUGUGCCCAGCUCGGCGUACGUGCCCGAGGACGAGCGUCCCAAGGCGGCGGCUUCACAGCGCGUCACGAACGCACGCGCCGCGGCUCGUCAGGCCGAGGAAGCGGACCGCGCCCGCAAGGAGCGUGAGGAGGCGGCACGCAAGCAGACGGAGACUGGCACCAUCUCUACGGAUGAUGUCGAUGCCCUCUUCGAUGAUGACGAAGAUAACGCGUCGGAUAUUACUGAGGCCAUGGCCGGCGCGUCUCUCGCGGAACGGCCCACGCAGAGCGUCCCAGGCUCGCCGACUCGCACGUCGUCCAACGCCAAGGGCCUGCAGAGAACCCGAUCGGACUCGAAGGUGCCCGUCUCGGAGGCGCCGGAGACGCGCCUGUCGAACAAGGAGAAGUACCUCAGCCUGUUCAAGCUGCGUGAGGAAGGCGGCGAGUACAUCCAGGACGUGACCGAGAUGACGCGCGUGCCGGUGAUUCUCAAGACGGAUCUUACCAAGAGCCCUCCGUAA